CAUAAGUACAAUAGUGGCUAGAUUUGUGGUGUGCAGAGAGGCUAAGAAAUUGUUGGAGUGCUAAAAUAAAGCAGUAAAGAUUCCUUUCAUAUCAGGAUCAAGAUCCCAUUCAACAGAGAGUAUUGUGUAACAUCACGCUGCAUAACAGGAGUCCGAUACCAUGUACAAAAUGUCUGGAUUUGGACAUGUUAUCCUGUGCUACUAUAUUCUAGGAUAUAUUUGGUGCAGCUCCAGUGCUUGGCAGGUAACAAUGCCGAGUAAAAUCAAAGGAUUGUUGGGUUCCUGUCUUGUUAUCCCUUGCAGUUAUGAUUACGAUCAGUAUCCACCUAAAAGACCAGAUCGUGUAGUGUGGUAUCAAUAUGUGAGCGAAGGAUAUCCAAUAGUAUCUGACAACUGGAACAGGAAUGAUGUGUUGGACAUAUUUAAAGGAAGAACAAGUGUAUAUAGUUCUUCACACCAUCGGACAUGCAGUCUGUUGAUUGACCCAGUGACCUUGGCUGAUCACAGUCAGAAGCUUUAUCCCUGGGUGGAUCCUGAAAAUGUUGGAUGGAGAACCUACCGUUUCUAUGACACAACUGUAACAGUUGAAGUAGUAGGCACAGCAGAUCCACCGGUUAUCGAGAUCUUUGGAAACAAGGUGGUUGGGCAGUCUGUAACAGUGCAAUGCAGUGUUUACCACACUUGUCCCAAUUAUCCCCCAAGUCUGAGGCUCAACAUCCCACUGCGAAACGAACGUCUAACUCAUAGUCCUCUAUCUGAUGGAAGAUCCAAAACUAUGGUGACAACCACUCUGUUCAUAGAGAAAGAAUAUCAAACUGUGGAGUGCUAUGUCCAACACCGUGGUGGUCGCUCUGCAUCAGCAUCUAAAACCUUAACCUCACAAUGCUCCAUUUCAGGGCUGACUGUCAGCUCUGCAUUAUAUGAAUUUCUGGAGGGAGAUCAAAGUACAGUAACCUGCACUGUUUCAUACACAUGCUAUCGAAAUAUUCCAACUCUGACAUGGAAUUAUGGUAAUAUGCCAGCCUCUUCUGAUACUAGCAAGUUAUCAGGGGGGGCUCAGUGGAGGACUGUCUCCACACUGACAUUUACAGCAUCAGCUAAUGACAAUGGAAGAUCGCUGAUAUGCUAUGCACGUUUCCCUGGAGGUCAGACAAAAGAAGCAAGCAUCACGCUACGGGUAAAGCGAAACAUACUCAAUCUGGGUUGGUCCUUCACGGCUCCAGCCACCAUAACUGGGUUGAAAGGGUCAUGUCUCAUCAUUCCAUGCAAAUUCUCCUACAAAAACUCACAGCCUAAUGACCUUCAAGUGAUGUGGUACUUGUACCAAAUCAAUGGAUUUCCAGCUGUAUUUAAGCAAGGAGGGAGUGUUAUUAGUAAGUUUGAUGGUCGAACAAGCUUGAUUGGUUCAGUGGUGGAGCAGAACUGUAGUCUUAAGAUUGAAAGGCUGGAGAUGUCCCACAACCAUGAUCGACUUUAUCCAUGGAUAGAUAAGAACUCAAUUACUUCUUACGGCACCAUUGAUCAUACGUUUUAUGAUGGAUCUACAGAACUUGUUGUUUCAGAACAUGCACCAGAACCACAGCUGAGCAUUAUUGGUAUCCUCAGAGUGGGAGAGCAGGGCACUGUGUCCUGCAGUGUGCGGCAUACAUGUUUCUCUGCUCCCCCAACCCUAACCCUAAAGGAUUUACCUGGAAUUGAUCAGAACAUGGACACUCUGGUAUCUGAAGGGAUUUGGGAAAGGAAAAUAGUUCGAACUUGGACAGCAGAAGAAGAGCACCAGAGUGUAAGUUGUGCUGUUAACUACCCUGCGGGUCAGAGUGCCAAAAAGUCGAUUCCACUGACUGCUGAAUGCUCCAUUUCUCCAUUGAAUAUUAGCUCUACAUCAGAUCAAACACAAGAAGUGAACAUCAGCAUGAGGGUAAAGACUUCUCCAGAAAAACCAGUGAUGACCCCCGUUCCAGAAGAAGUUGAUGCUGGUUCAACUAUAACUGUUUCGUGUUCUGUUACACACACAUGUUCAUCACAUCCUCCGGUGUUUUCAUGGACUGUCUCUCACCUCACCAGUGAGGUCUCACACAUCAUGAUGUCACGAGGCACCUGGCAGACAACUUCCACAAUCACUUUUAUUGUUACUGAAGGAGAUGGAGUCAGAAACCUCACCUGUAACGCUAUCUUUUGGCGUAACAGGGAACAAGCCCACACAGUCAGCUUAAAUGUGAAGGGAUCACUGAUGUACAGGUUUAAAAGUUCUGCUCCAGUGGCCUUUCCAGUCUCAUUUAGAGCUCUCAUCAUAAUCACCUUAGCUGCAGUGUUUGCAGUCUUCAUCUGGAGGAAAAGGAAACACACAGAUGAAUCACUGAAACCACCACCUCGACCAGAACAAAGAAGAUCACUUUGGGAUAGAUUAUCCAGGCAGUCAUUUUGGAGCCGAUUUUCAAGACGCCAAGACCGCACUGCAAACAUCAGUGUUGCCUAUACUAAAAACAGCAGCAAUGUAACCUGUGGAGCUGAGUCCAAACCACGCUGUCCAUCCCCGAAGGAUAACAGGAGACGACCAUCCCCUUUCAACCCUGAGAAUCAACUGUACGGCAACCUUUGACUUCUUCAAAGACGUCCCAGAGACAUCUUAAUCUUUCAGGCUCAUGUCUUGCAAGUCUCCUGUUUCAAAGGUUAUCAUCUAGCUGAACAACCAUUAUCAACUGCAAAGACACCUGAGGUGGCUUCUGUUAUGAAUACAUGCUAAUGCAAACUGUACUGCUGAUGUAGAUGUAUGAUAUGUGGGGAAACGUUCUUAAUGAUACUGCAGGAUCUGAUGUUUUUAUAGUUUAACUUUCACUUGGCUUUCUUUAAAUUUCAUUUAAUUCGGUCAAUUACAAAAUGAUCUAGUAACUUGCUUUGCUUAAUCUUCUCACAUGAUAAACAGCAAUAAACAUGUUUUUUCUGA